AUGGCUCCGAAGAUCUCGGCCCAGGAUCGCGCGAAGAAAUUGCAGGAGAAGGGUAUUGCUUUGGAGAGGAAGGCCGAGUACAUGCUUGCGGUUGCCAAGUUGAAGGAUCAUUACGAGCUUGUCGUUGAGAUGAAAAAGAGGAUGAUUAACUUGGGCAUUCUGACCGCCUCUGGCGAGGAUAAUCCUGAUUAUCGCCCCCCGAAGGCCUUAGGCGUCAAGGAGGAACUUGAUGACAAGGCGGGCACCCCCGUCAAGACGGAGGGCGGCGCUGGCAGCAAAGAGGACGAUGCCGAAGAGAUCGGCAAUGUAGUUUUGCACCGGAACUUCGGCAUAUGGGGGUCAAUCCCACCUAAGUAUAUGAAGUGGUUGCUGUCGCGCGCCGAGCCUGUUUCUCUCAGUCCAUUUUCCCUCAAGGCGUUAACGAAACAAGGGGCCAGGGAACCACAGAGAGACCUCAUGUUGGAGAUCCUCGAAGCGAUAUCUGGUUUCACUCGGAGCGACAACAUCGGCGAGAACAAGCUGCAUCUCAUCUCUGAGCGGGUCAACCAGGAGAAUCAGCAGCGCGGCAGGAUCUUGAUGAAUGUCGCUCCGCCUUUCGAUUGGGAGUCUCUUGGGUUCUUUUCAGCCGCACUUGUGAAGGAUCAGAUUUACGAGUUGCUGGAAAAGUAUGCGAAUGUGAAGGUCCAGAUCGCCCUUGACAUCAAAGACGGCUCACCCGUGACCGUCGACAUGAACUUCAGCAGGGCGAGGGCUGUAUUGGUGUAUACGAAGCCUUCCGGCAAGGUUGAGCGGAUGAACUGCAUGCAGAUCUUCGUCGACGCAGGCGAGGGCCAGUCGCUGGGGAAUUCGGGCGCCACGAUCAAUCGCCAGGCUUCGCCGUCGCAGGCGCGCUCGCCGAUGACAGCGGCAUGCGCACAGGCGACGCCACCCUUAUCACCGCACGUUCCUGCGCCGGCCCCUUGCGGCAGGCCGACUGCCAGGAGGGCGGCGCCGUUGGGCGUUGCGGCCUCGUCGCCCCCCCCAGCGAAGAUUGCGAGGCUUGGGCUGGCAUCGCCAUCGAUCGAGCCUGCCGCGGCCGCCUGCGAUGCGAAGUCGGGGAAGCAGGGCGGCGAGGAGAAGGCAGAGGUGGAGAUCGCUGCCCUUCCCGAGCAGGUGGCCGAGGUUGCAUCGCCACUAGCUGGCGCCUUUGCCGCCCCAGUGCUUCCACCUGACGGCGUGGACAGAGCCGAGGACGAGAGCGACGGUGGUGCCCGUCCCGCCGAGCUCUCCGCAAAGGAUUCGGCCGCCCUGGGGGCCUUCGACGAGGCAUCUUUCGUGCCGCCCAAGGAGGAGGACAAGGGGCAGUGA